AUGAGCCAGAGGGAGGGAAGUCUGGAAGACCCCCAGGCUGACGAUUCAGUCUCACUCCUUCCCCACUUGGAGGCCAAGAUCCGACAGACGCACAGCCUUGCCCGCCUCCUCACCAAAUACGCAGAGCAGCUGCUCCAGGAAUAUGUGCAGCACCAGGGAGAUCCCUUCGGGCUGCCGGGCUUCUCGCCGCCGCGGCUGCCAGUUGCCGGCCUGAGCGCCCCGGCCCCGGGCCACGCGGGACUGCCGUUGCCCGAGCGGCUGCGGCUGGACGCGGCGGCGCUGGCCGCGCUGCCCCCGCUGCUCGACGUCGUGCGCCGCCACCAGGCCGAGCUGAACCCGCGCGUGCCGCGCCUGCUGCGGCGCCUAGAGGACGCUGCGCGCCAGGCUCGAGCCUUGGGCGCCGCCGUGGAGACCGUGCUAGCUGCGCUGGGCUCCACCGCCCGCGGUCCCUGGCCGGAGCCCUCCGCUACUAACGCCGCGGCUGCAGCCACCGCCGCCACCACCACCACCACCACCAGCGCUGCAGGGGUCUUCCCGGCCAAGAUGCUGGGGCUCCGGGUGUGCGGCCUCUACAGCGAGUGGGUGAGCCGCACCGAGGGCGACCUGAGCCAGCUGGUGCCCGAGGGGCCCGCGUGAGCGCGCGCACGGGGGCGACUUCGCGUUGUCGCCUCCUCUCCAUCAGGUUCCUUCUCCAUGUUUGUCUUCACUUCUGUCUCUCCCCGUGUCUGUCAGUGUCUCUGCGAACUGUCCCCUUGCUCUGACUCUGUACCUCUUCUCUUUCUGGUCCUCCUUGUCUGCCCAAGGAACUUUCCUGUGUCCCCCAUUUUCUCGCUUCCCCUCUCUUUUUCUCCAUCCUUGGGCCUGCCUCAGUCUCUUUAGGUCUCCCCUUUACCCGUCUCUGGGGAUCUCUGGGUCUGUUUUCCAUCUCCCUGUGGCCCCACGUGAUCAUGUGUACAUCUGAGCCUCAUCUCAAGGAGGCCACACCUUGUCGCUCUCCCUCAGUUUUGUCCUUUCUUGACCAGGAAUGUGCCUGUUGGUCCUGUGGUGGGUAGGCUACUGCAAACAAAUUUCAGACACCCUCCCCCAGGGUCAUCCCAACUGCUGCCCUCAUUGUCCCCACCCCAUCCCUCUGGGCCCUUCCCCUUCUCCCUUCACUUUGCCCUGCCCUGUGCAGGGAUAGUACAACCCUCACCUCUCAAGCCAGGUCUGUGAAGAGGAAAA